UCACUUAUAUCUGUGGUCUCUCCCUUCAUUUGAUUUUUGAUUUAUAUUAUUAUUCAUUAUUAAUACUUAAUGAAACAUUGUUUACGAAUAAUUCUUUAAUGCAAAGGCUGUCAUAAAUUACUGUUUUAAUUAUAGUUAUGCAAUAUGACGUUAAACUUAGAAAGUUGUGAUAGUUUACCUCCGGAUGAGGAACCAAAAUUGAAAUAUGAUAGAAUGGGUAAUGAUGUGCAAAAUAUACUAUUAAAAGAUGCAGUCAGCUGUAUAAGUGUACAUACUAAGUUUAUAUGCCUUGGUACGCAAUGGGGCGUCAUCCAUUUGCUUGACCAUGAAGGAAAUACUGUUCCAAUAUCCCCUGAUCACAACCACAAGGACUUACAGGCUCACGCUAUCGCAGUCAACAAGAUAUCCGUUGAUCAAAACGGAGACUAUAUUGCUAGCUGCUCUGAUGAUGGCAAAGUUUUAGUCUAUGGCCUGUAUACAAAUGAAAAUACUCAUAACUUGACUCUGGGUCGAGUAGUGAAGUCAGUUGCGUUGGAUCCCAACUAUUUUAAAUCAGGAUCAGGCAGAAGAUUUCUCACAGGAGAUAAUAAACUAACCCUAUAUGAGAAAACAUUUUUGAAUCGUCUACGUAGUACAGUCCUUUGUGAAUGUGAAGGAUAUGUUCAAGCUAUUUCCUGGCAUGACCGGUUUGUGGCUUGGGCAAGUGAAGUUGGUGUUCGAGUUUAUGACUUAGUUGCCAGAUGUUCGUUGGGACUUAUUCAAUGGGAAAAAGCCCUAAACAGGUCAAUAGAAGAUUUUCGAUGUAAUUUACUCUGGUCUGCCCAUAACACCCUAAUGAUAGGCUGGGUUGAUACUGUUAGGAUAUGUAUUAUUAGAAAAAGGAGUCUAAUUGAACUACAAACACGAGAUGUCACUGAGUAUUUAGUUGAUCCUGUAUAUACCUUUCAAAGUGACUAUUUCAUUAGUGGUUUAGGUCCCUUUAAUGAUCAACUUGUCUUGUUGGGAGUGCCCAAAGAGCCUGACUCUGAAACUGGAAAAACACAAAGACCUGUGUUAUCUGUUGCUGAUUACAAAGAUUGUGAGUUUUGUGAAGUCUCUACCGAUAGUCUGAAUAUAAGGGGAUAUGAAGAAUACUCAUGUAAUGAUUAUUAUUUGGAUAUGCUUAUUGAGGAGAGUCGGUUUUUUAUUGUGUCACCAAAAGAUAUAGUUAUUGCAAGCCCUUAUGAUAUUGAUGACAGAGUAAACUGGUUAAUAGAUCAUGGACGAUAUGAAAAAGCUAUCACAGUCUUAGAAGAAGCAGGAGGUAGAACUUCCAAACAUUCUGUUGUUACUGUAGGUGUGCAGUAUUUAGACCACUUGCUGUUGGAGCAUUUAUUUGAAGAAGCAGCAAUAUUAUGUGCUAGAAUCUGUAAAAACGACAAAGUUUUAUGGGAAAAUCAAAUUCUAAAAUUUGCUGAAGUUAAUCAACUGAGAACAAUUAGUGCUUACAUACCACGAAAUCCAGAACAAGCCUUAAGUUCACACAUAUAUGAACUUAUUAUUUAUGAAUAUUUGAAAGUAGAUCCUGUAGGACUGUUGAAAUUGGUACAAGAAUGGAAUCCUGCCCUAUACAAAACAGGUGUGAUUAUAAAAGAAGUUUUAGAGCAUUUGUUGACAACUGAAGUAGAUAAGAAUAUUUACCUAGAAGCAUUAGCUCUUCUAUAUUGUUAUCAAAAAAAAUAUGACAAAGCUUUGACGGCAUAUUUGAAAAUUCAACAUAAAAAUGUUUUUAAAUUAAUCACUCAAUAUAAAAUGUACUCUGUUAUAUAUGACAAAAUCUUAGACCUAAUGAAUCUUGACUGUGAUACUGCUAUUCCUCUACUCCAAUCCAAAGAAGCAAAAAUUCCUAUUGAAGUGGUGGAGGAACAACUGAGAAACCAUGAUUUGUACCUCUUUAAAUACUUGGAUUCAUAUAGCAAAGUAGAGCCAAAUGGCCACUAUCAUGGAAAGUUGGUGAAAUUGUAUGCUAAAUAUGCCAGGGAAAAGUUGUUACCUUUCUUGAAAUGUAGUGAUAAUUAUCCAAUUCAGGAGGCUUUGGAUAUAUGCCAUGAUAAUGAAUUCUACCCUGAGAUGGUGUUCUUGCUGGGACGAAUUGGAAACACAAGAGAAGCUUUACAGAUUAUUAUAGAAAAUUUAAAAGAUAUCAAUCAAGCCAUAAACUUUUGCCAGGAACAUAAUGACAGAGAAUUAUGGGGUGAUCUUAUAAAACAAACAGUUGAUAAGCCAGAUUGUGUAACUUUACUGCUAAAAAGAAUAGGAAAUUAUGUAGACCCCAGGAUUUUAAUACAAAAUAUACAGCAAGGAUGCAAAAUAAAAGACCUUAAAGAAUCCCUUGUUAAAAUGAUGUGUGACUAUCACUUACAGAUGUCUGUGCAAGAGGCAUGCAAAGUUAUAACUUUGAGAAAUUAUUUUGAAUUACAUGAAAAGAUGAUAAUAAAUCAACAGAGAGGAAUAUCUGUCACUGAUGACUUUUUGUGCAGUGUUUGCCAGAGACGAAUAAUUAUGCGAGAUCUAUCAAAUGCUUCUGACUUAGUUGUUUACAAUUGCAGGCAUUCAUUUCAUAUAGAAUGCCUGCCAAAUGGUAUUCGUGAAGGAUGCAGUGUGUGUAGUGCUGUAAGAAUGUGACCAAUGGUUGCCUGAAUAUAAAUUAGGUUAGUCACACUAUACAAACAUUGUAUUAUUUAUUAUUCAGUAAUAUAUCCACCAUACCAAAUGUAAUAUUUUAUAUCUAUUUUCUAUUUGGGCAACUAGAAAUAUGAAUCCAUAUAUAUUAAUAAUAACAUUAUGUAUGAUGUUUUUAAAAUGUAAUGUUCAAGGUAACAUAAUAUAUUCUCAAUUACGGAGGCAUAUUUAAUUAAAAAGU